AUGGGGACAGAACCAACAUGGCAUGAAUUACUAGGAAGCAACAACUGGGAAGGUCUUCUUGAACCAUUACAUCUCAAUCUCCGGCGACUCAUACUCCGGUGCGGCGACUUCUGUCAAGCAACUUACGACGCCUUCAACAAUGAUGAAUACUCCAUGUACUGUGGCAGUAGUCGAUACGGCAAAAGUUCAUUUUUCCACAAAGUCAUGUUCAAAUCCGCCUCAGAUUACCAAAUCGUCAGCUUCCUUUACGCCACUGCUCGUGUUGGUGCCCAUAAAGCCCUUUUCCUCCACUCUCUUUCUCGUGAAUCAUGGGAUCGUGAAUCCAAUUGGAUCGGGUAUAUAGCUGUAACCAACGACGAAAUGAGCGAACAACUGGGUCGUCGGGAAAUCUACAUAGCGUUUCGUGGAACAACGAGGAAUUACGAAUGGGUCAAUGUUCUUAGUGCUCUACCCGAAUCAGCUGAACCUCUACUCGAUCCCCAAUCGCUGAAUAAAUCUGACCCAGAUGGCGAUAAUGGCGGAAGUAACAGUAAUGAUGACGAAAAUGCCCCUAGAGUAAUGAAUGGAUGGUUGAAGAUCUACAUAUCCAGUGACCCAAAAUCACCAUUUACGAGAUUAAGUGCUAGAGCACAGCUUCAAACAAUGAUUGAAGAUCUAAGAGAUCGGUAUAAAGACGAGAAUCUGAGUAUAACUUUUACUGGGCACAGUUUAGGUGCAAGUUUAUCAAUUUUAGCAGCUUUUGAUCUUGUUGAAAAUGGGGUUACUGAUAUUCCGGUAUCCGCCAUUAUUUUCGGUAGUCCACAGGUAGGAAACAGAGCAUUCAACGACAAGCUGAAAGAAUUCCCAAAUCUGAAAAUCCUCCAUGUUAAGAACAAAAUUGAUGUGAUAACUCUUUAUCCAAGUUCUUUAUUAGGGUAUGUUAAUUCAGGGAUUGAGCUAGUGAUCGACACCAGAAAAUCGCCAAGUUUGAAGGACUCAAAAAAUCCAAGUGACUGGCAUAAUUUGCAGGCGAUGUUGCAUAUAAUAGCUGGUUGGAAUGGGGAAAAUGGAGAAUUUGAGAUGAAAGUGAAGAGAAGUUUGGCUUUAGUGAACAAAUCAAGUUCAAUAUUGAAAGAUGAGAUAUUGAUUCCAGGAUCAUGGUGGGUUGAAAAGAAUAAAGGAGUUGUUCUUGAUGCAGAUGAAGAAUGGAUUCUUGCACCACCAUUAGAUGAGGACAUUCCAAUCCCUGAGGUUUAUUCACUGGAAAAUGAAGCCAUAAGUAAAUUACUGGAAGAUGGAAUAACACAAAUUCAUGAAGAUGGAAUUGAGGAAGAGGAGUACAGGCACAUUGCUAUUCUGAAAGAGAGUCGUUUACUCAUCCACAGAACAAAAGCAGUAUUAAAACAGAGUUAUAAAGAAGGGCAUUUUCUGUUUAGACAGUUUGGCAAACAUGGAGAAACAAGUAGACAUGGCUAG